AUAAGAUGUAGAUGCUGCAGGUGCCUUUUCCACUUCGGUGCAAAAAUCAGGAGGGAAAACAAACACUCAGUCUCAGGGAUGGCACUCCUCAAGUCAAGACAUUUUUUUUUGCUGCUGGUGAUCUCAGUUUUAAUUUUACUUUAUCUUCUAUCAUGGGGAGAUUACGCAAGAAGUAUCAGCUUGAGGACUUUCUUCAACAUAGAGGGACAAGGAAAUGAGGAAACGUAUGACCUCCUGGCUGAAAUGGGAGACCUGACUCCACCACCUGUUGUGUUUACACAUGCUGCUGUGGCUGAGACUCCCAUGCCCAUCCUCUACAGAAGUUCCUUCAAGAAGGCUCCUCGGUGGGAUUUCGAUGAUGUUUAUAACCAGGAUGCUCCACCCAGACGCUGGACAUGUGCUGAGUCUCUGCGAAACUCUGAGGAUGAGAGCUUCAAAAAGGCUUUCCUUCCCAACAUACGUGUGUUUCUGCAAAAGGACAACAUCAACGUGAGCGAGUGGAACCGGCUUUCACAUUUUAACAAUCCCUUUGGUUUUAUGCAGUUUCCCUAUGAUGAGGUGAUGAGUGCUGUGAAGUUGAUCCCAAAGCCAAAAGAGCCACUGCUCCUUCCAAAGCCAGGCAGCGGCGGGUGUGUGCGCUGUGCUGUGGUGGGCACGGGGGGGAUCCUCAACGGCUCCAAGAUGGGGAAAGAGAUCGAUGCUCACGACUACGUUUUCCGGGUGAACGGCGCAGUCACCGAAGGUUAUGAGGAAGACGUAGGAAACAGAACCUCUGUGUAUGUUCACACAGCACACUCCAUCAGAUCUUCGCCAAUAAUAUUCAGGAAGUUCGGAUACAAAGCCGCCCCUCAUGAUGAGGGUAUAAAAUACGUGCUGAUACCUGAGGGGAGGAGGGAUUACAAUUGGCUCGGUGGUCUUCUGAGAGGAGAAAUUAUUGCUAAUGGCUCAUAUAGAAACAAGAGGUGA